UUCUUAGUUUCUGGGUUUGCAAAAAUGGACUACUAUUCUGGAAACCCUAUCACUACUCCCAGCCCUAAUUGCUCACAAUUCUCCGCCGUAAAUCCAUCCCCAUCUGAUCAGUUCUUUUCGGAUUAUUUGGAGCUUGAUAAUGGCGCUGGGAAUCCAGAAUCCUGGUCACGCAGUACAGAAUCAUCAGAGAAGGCAAUUAGCGAUGCCAGUGGAUUUAGUGGUGCUGCUGAUGCUACCUCGUCCAAGAAUAAUAACAUAAAGUGCAAAAACGAGAUCAAACGAGACAAGGGAGAGAUGAGUCGAAGGAUCGCCUUUAGAACCAGAUCGGAGCUUGAGGUUAUGGAUGACGGGUACAAAUGGAGGAAGUACGGAAAGAAGUCAGUGAAGAACAGCCCGAAUCCAAGGAAUUACUACAAGUGUUCGUAUGGAGGAUGCAGUGUGAAGAAGAGGGUGGAAAGGGACAGGAAUGAUUCGAGUUACGUGAUAACAAGUUAUGAAGGAAGGCACAACCACGAGACCCCAAGUGCUACCUAUUUCUCCUCCCUCGUCGUCCAUCCUAACCCUUGGCCCUUCCACUCUUGAUCUUCCUAGCUAGCUAGUUUCCACAGAUAUACUGCCGCUGAGUUUUGCCAGACUUAUAUCUUAUGAUACGAAUACGAUUCCUUAUUGUAUAUUGGUACAAGGAUCAGUAAGCCCAACUCUAGUUAUUAAGACUGAUUAUUUUUUCAGGAUUAAGGUAUAUUCAGCACUCAAAAUAUUUGAUCAGAUGCAUUCAAUACCUUGAAAUAUUUUUUUCAGGUGCAUUCAGCAUCUAAAAAUGUUUUUGUGCCUUCAGCACCGAGACAAUAUGUAUCUAAAAAAUACUUUGAGGUAUUAAAUGCAUUACAAAAUAUUUUGAAGUACUGGAUAGAUGAUAAAUGCACCUUAACUCUAUUUUCUCAUGUAACGUACGCUAGAAGGGAAAUAAAUCCAUGCCCAAAUUAAGCCA